UACAGAGCAGAGCAGACAGGUGUGGCACUGGAGUCUCUCCCCUGCCCCUCGCUUCCAAAUUUUCUGUUGACGGUACAAGCUCAAAGUCAUCAGCUACUGCUACCUGCAGGCCAUGCGCUUCGCCGUGGCGGAGAUCAACAACUCCAGCUGCCUCCUGCCGGGCGUCUCCCUGGGGUACGAGAUGGUGGAUGUCUGCUACCUCACCAACACCAUCCACCCCGUCCUUUAUUUCCUCUCCGACGAGCACUUUCGGAUCACGAUCGAGAGGAACUACACCCACUACCGGCCCCGGGUUUUGGCAGUGAUUGGGCCGGACUCCUCGCCGGCAGCGGUCUCUAUGGCUUACAUCCUGAGCCAGUUCCUCGUCCCGCAGAUUACCUACAGUGCGACCACCGAGGCCCUGAGCAACCCCAAGGUCUUCCCCGCUGCGUUCCGCACCAUCCCGAGCACUGAGCAGCAGAUCGCGGUGAUGCUGAGGCUGCUGCGGCGGUUCAGGUGGAACUGGGUCAUCGUGGUCUGCAGUGACGACGACUAUGGCCAGCAGAACUGGCAGCUGCUGCGCUCCCAAGCCUCGUGGGCCUGCAUCGCCUUCCAGGAGACGAUCCCGGUGACGCGAGCCAAGCAGGACUCGCGUCCCUUCAAGGAGCGGCUCGAGGACAUCGUCGCCAAGAUCGCCCAGAGCUCGGCCAAGGUGGUGCUCGUCCUGACCUUGGAGCUGCCCCUUCAGAGCUUCUUCCAGGAGGUCAUCCGGCAGAACGUCACCGAGUUGGUGUGGAUCGCCUCGGAAGCCUGGGCCAUCGACCCGGAUCUGCACAACAUGGCCGGCAUCUCGAGCGUGGGCACCAUUAUGGGGGUCGCCGCCCAAAACACCCCUAUCCCGGGGCUCAAUGAGUUCCGCACCAGGUUGCCCUCCGGUUCGACAGAGGGCCCCGAGACACCGGCCGCCAGCCCGACGUGCAACCAGGUCUGCGACCAGUGUCUCGCGGUGGCCCGACUCUACGACGAGAACAUCCGGGGGACGGGCGACCGCAUUGACUUCAACGUCUACUCGGCUGUCUACGUGGUGGCUCACGCCUUGCACCGGCUGCUGGGCUGCACCAACAUGGGGUGUCACAAGCGGACAGUUUACCCCUGGCAGCUGCUGAAAGAGGUGGGCCGGGUGAACUUCACCCUUCUGGACACCACCAUCAACUUCGACGAGAAGGGAGACCCCCCCAAUGGCUUCGAGGUCAUUCAGUGGCAGUGGGACGUACCCGGCCUGCCUUUUAAGAAAAUCGCCACCUAUAAUUCCCUGCUGGGCCAGCUUCAUGUCUAUGACAAAGAGAUUGUUUGGCGCACGGAAAAUAACACGGCCCCGGUGUCCAUUUGUUCGGAACAAUGUGGACCGGGCGAAAAGAAAAAACUGAACGGACAAAGCACUUGCUGUUUCCAGUGUGUGAAAUGUGAAGCCGGGACCUUUCUCAAUAAAAGUGACAAUUUCACCUGCCAGAACUGCCCCCUGGACAUGUGGUCCAAAGACGGACAAGAAAAAUGCUUCAUGAGGCUCGUGACGUAUCUCCACUGGAAGGAUCCUGUGGCCGUUGCACUGAUCCUCUGCUCUGUGCUGGGCGUCCUUGUCACCCUUGGGAUCUUGGCCACUUUUGCUCGUCAUUCUGACACGCCGGUGGUGAAAUCUGCCGGGGGCAGUCUCUGCUUCCUCAUGAUCGCCUCCCUCCUCGUCGGCUUCUGCAGCAUCCCCUUCUACAUCGGCAUGCCGACGGAGCUGAAAUGCAUCUGCCGCCAGACGGUCUUCAGCAUCUGCUUCACCGUCUGCAUCUCCUGCAUCACCGUCCGCUCUUUCCAGAUCAUCUGCGCCUUCAAGAUGGCCACCCAGCUGCCCAGGGCCUACGACGCGUGGAUGAAAUACAACGGGCAGAGGGUAUUUAUCGCCACUGUUUCUCUUGCGAAGGUCAUCAUCGUGGUCGUCAACAUCACCUCCCACCAACCUGCACCGGUUGAACCGAUGGUUAGCAGUGACCCAGCCACACUUAUCCUGAUCUGCAACCGCAGCUACAGAUCCGCCAUGGUCGUCAACAAUGCUUUUGACAUGAUCCUGUCCUUCUUCUGUUUCGUUUUUGCCUACAUGGGGAAAGCACUCCCCAAGAACUACAACGAGGCCAAGAACACCACCUUGUGCAUGACCUGCUACUUCAUCUCUUGGGUCUCCCUCUUCCUCGUCAUAUCCUUCUUUGAAGGGCUGGUGGUCACCGUCUUCGACGCGGCCAUCGUGCUGUUCAACCUGUUCAGCAUCUCUCUGGGCUACUUUGGCCUCAGGUGCUACGUGAUCUUCUUCCACCCCGAACGGAACACGGCGGCUUUCUUCCAGACCGCCAUCCAGAGCUACACCAUGAGGCAGGACUAGUGAGGAGCAUCCACCAGGGAAGACGGGCUUCACGCAUUGGCACAUGCACCCCGAUUUAUUGGCAUGUCAGUACUGUAGAAUUGAGCCGAUGGAUCUGCCAGUUUCGGCAACUGAGAGGGACUCAGGGGCCUUUACUUCUUGCUUCCCGGAGAGGUGGUGUGAGGUCAGAUUUGGGGACUUUAUGGAACAUUUGUAUAAUGCUACAGUUAAUGCUGCUUAAGUCUUCGGUGUGACUAUAUUGGGGUGUUUGUGGGGGGGGUGUGUGUGUUGUUCUCUGUCCAUUUCAGAAAGAAUAUUCUGAAAUGCAUAUCCAGAAUAUUCUGUAUGAAGAAUAUGCUGGAAUGUGUGUUCAGAAUAUUCUGUAUUUCCAGAAUAUUCUCUAUAAAGAAUAUUCUGAAAUGUAUAUUUAGAAUAUUCUGUAUCAGGAAUAUUCUGACACGUCUAUUCAGAAUAUUCUGUAUCUACCGAAUAUUAUUUAUAGAGAAUAUUCUGAAAUGUGUCUUCAAAGUAUUCUGUAUCUUCAGAAUAUUCCGUAUAAAGAAUAUUCUGAAAUCUAGAUUCAGAAUAUUCUGUAUCUUCAGAAUAUUCUGUAUAAAGAAUAUUCUGAAAUGUAGAACUGGAACAAUGCAGAGAAGGACAAUGGAUAACAGGGGCUCCUAAAUGUUGCCAGACUACAACACCCAUCAUCCCCUGUCUAGAUUGGUGGGCCAUCGCCACAUCCAGCAAGAGUAAAUUCCAAAGCUUAACCGUAUGUUCGCUCAAGAAGUCCUUCCUUUUUUUCCUGUCAGCUUUAGCUUCAAUGGAUAACUCCAGGUUCUAAGGUUAUGAGAGGGGGUGAAAAACUUCACUCUACCAAUCCUAUCCAUGCCAUGGAUAAUUUUACACCCCUCUAAUUUUGCACCAUGUCACUCUUUACUUGCCUUCACUCUAAGCGGAAAACUCCUAAAUAUUACCAAACUCAGACGUGGUGAAAGUUUUCCACCUGUGACUUGGACAUUUAACUUGCAAGGGAGGUAUGCUGGUCUUGUGGUAGCAAACACAAGUUGUCCUUUUUGCUAAGCAAGGUCUGCCCUGGUUUGCAUUUGAAAGGGCCAGCAUGGUAUAGUGGUUAGAGUGCUGGACUAGGACCGGGGAGACCCGAGUUCAAAUCCCCAUUCAACCAUGAGACUUGCUGGGUGACUCUCUGGGCCAGUCACUUCACUCUCAGCCUAACCUACUUCACAGGGUUGUUGUGAGGAGAAACCUAAGUAUGUAGUACACCGCUCUGGGCUCCUUGGAGGAAGAGUGGGAUAUAAAUGUAAUAAAUAAAUAAAAUUUAGAAUGAGAUGACUCAGAUCCAGGUGACCUCCUGAUCUCUGCCAGGAGCACAGAUGGGGAAAUGACUCUGAUGCAAAUGCAUCAGAGGGUUAAAUUUAAAAAAAAAAAAAAAUCAAUAGCAAACCUCAUUUUGGAUUGUCAGUUUAGGACAUUUCCUCUUUCUUUUAGGACAUUUCCUCUUUCCCCCCAUGCAUAGUUUUUAAUUGUAAACUGCCCAGAGACGCAAGUUUUGAGCGGUAUAGAAAUAUUUUAAAUAAAUAAAUAGUUUUAUUUGGGGAAGGGGCUGUUGGGGGGGGGUCUGUGCAGAGGCUAAGCAUAGUGUGCAACAUUUUUUUCUUUUCCUGUUAAUUUCAUGUCAUUGUCUUUGUUUCCCUGUUGUGGUGGUUUUCCUUCGUGUGUCUUUUAACAUUCACAUUUGUUGUGUUUCUUUCAAAAGGUAGUGUGUAAACUUCUACCCACCCGUAACUCUGGUAGGGACUGUAUCGUGGGGAUGCCUCUGCCUCCUGAGGCAUACGGGGAAUUGAAAAGACACUGCAAAGUAGUGGCCAUGUGGUGGUGUGCCUACCGGCAGCUACAAACUAAAAUAAGAUACGGCACCUUAUUCUGAAGAAAUAUAUCCUAUCAAACCAAAUGGGGAAAAAAUUGUUUCCAGAAAUUAGAAACAACACCCCCAACCCCAAAUGCAUUCAUUUUGGUGCAAACUCAGUCGAAUUUGAAUAGGGUCAAUGUAUUCAUCCCCAAAAUGAAU